AGCGGACCAGACUUGGGCUCGGCCGCCACAUUUUCGGCCAGCCGCACUCCUGCCUCCCAAACCCCAAUUCGAAAUUCCGAAUCCCCCCACGCCCGCCGGCCGCCGCGCGCCCGUGCACCACCGGAUGCGCAGAUCCCCACGGCCGAGGGCCCCUCCUCCCCCUCCCACGCCCCCUCCCGUGCCCGCGCCGUCGCAGGCCAUGGUCGCGCCCGCCGCCGGCGUCGGCGGCGGCGGAGGCGAGGAGCAAGAGCAGGAGCAGGAGUUUGACAUCUGCAACGAUGAGGGCUUCGUCUACAAGGUGCCCAGCGGGCUCUACCCCGACGCGGCGCCCUCCUCCACGCAGGCGGCGGCGGGCCCCGACCCCGAGAUCGCCGGCCUGCGCCGCCGUCGCCGCGCGCUCCUCCGCCUCCACGCCAAGCGCCUCCGCGACCUCUCCCGCUGGGAGGCCCUCGCCUCCGAGCUCCUCGCCCCGCCCCCCGCCCCACGGCCACCGGCUUCCCAAGCUCCUCCCGCCUCUCCUAACCCCGUCGCGGCCACCGCCAACCCCGCCUCGGCUUCCGUCCUCGACGACCUAAUCGCGCAGGCCGAUGUGCAGGCGGAGCUGCUCAGGAAGGCAUUUCAGCUGUGCGACGAGAUCAACGCGCUCUGCGACGCGCGCGAAACGGCUAUUGUGGAUGACAUCGCCACGCUGCCGGUAUGGGGCAACCCGCGCGAGCUUAUGAUGUCGUUGUACAGCCCCGACGAGCAGACACCUGGUACCAGUGGCUUGGAUGAAGGGAAUGGAGGCUUCCAAAGUUUGGAUAGCCAACAGGGCAGAAGAGCUAUUGGGGUGGUUUCAGCAGUUGAAAGGGUAAAAAUUAGUGGUGAUAAACGGAUACAGAGCCCUUCCCAAUGCAAAAGAUGCCUCCAAUUCGGCUGUACUGGGAAGACUUGCUGUGAAACCCAUGCUGAACCAGGCGAUGAGCUUCCUCCACCCGUUCUCACUGAGAACAGGAAGAGGAAAGGGGCAGUGAGCCCUUCAAGUUCCAAUGGUGUUGCAGCACGAGCCCCUGACAGACCAAAGAGGCAGAAGGCACCAGGGAGUAAAUCUUCUCCCUCAGGCACUCCAGGAUCGACAACGAAAAGGAAGGCUGCAUCCACUCCAAGAGCUCCAGACACAUCUCGUAGCCCGGGGCCUACAACCAGGAGAAGGGCAGCAGCACUGCUUGUAUCACCACGAUCAUGAUGAAGCUCUUAUAUAUGUUGUAAUCAGUGUGUUUUUUUGCAGCUUGAUGUAUGGUGUAAAUGUGGCCAUCCUGUGUUGUGCAAAGUUAGCGCCCUGAUUUGCUGAUGCAACUGCGGUAUUGAGGUGUCCUGUUAUUUAUGUAAACUUAUUUUCGCUGUAGGUUCUCUUUAGCCAUUAGUUGUCAGUGUGUUAGCCCAGAUUGCCAUUCACUGUAAUCACAUAUUGCUAACAAUGCUGUUCACACGAGUGCUCGACUUCCACUCCACCUGGAAAUACUGAUCAUGUAAGCAGCACUCAGUUUUCUGAAUUUAGAGCACAUGAGCUCGUACC